AAGAGGAGCUUGGAUAUUAGUACACAGUUGUUUCUCUCAGGUUUAUGGUCUCAGCCCCAAUUCUGUGGCCACACUCUAAAACUCUACAAAAAUGCUAGCUCGUCUCGCUACUCAGCGUCUUCGGGAGAUCCGUCAAGUUUUUCGUAUCUCCCCGCGGGCAUCUCGAUCUUUCUCCACCGCUUUGAACUACCAUCUUGAUUCUCCUGAUAACAAUCCAGACCUUCCAUGGGAGUUCUCUGAUGCGAACAAAGACAAGGUUAAGGAGAUACUAUCUCACUAUCCAUCCAAUUACAAGCAAUCUGCAGUUAUUCCUCUGCUAGAUCUUGCCCAGCAGCAGCAUGGAGGGUGGCUUCCUGUUUCUGCUAUGAAUGCGGUGGCUAAGAUCAUAGAGGUUGCUCCUAUCCGUGUGUACGAGGUUGCUACAUUUUAUUCAAUGUUCAACCGAACAAAGGUCGGCAAGUACCACUUAUUGGUUUGUGGUACAACGCCUUGUAUGAUACGUGGUUCACGGGAAAUUGAAGAUGCAUUACUGAAACACUUGGGAGUGAAGCGCAAUGAAGUAACAAAGGAUGGUUUGUUUUCUGUUGGAGAAAUGGAAUGCAUGGGAAGUUGUGUAAAUGCUCCUAUGAUUACAGUGGCUGAUUAUUCCAAUGGAUCAGAAGGAUAUACUUACAAUUAUUAUGAAGAUGUCACCCCAAAACGAGUUGUUGAGAUAGUUGAGAUGUUAAGAAGGGGGGAGAAGCUACCGCCUGGCACGCAAAAUCCAAAUCGUAUCAAUUGUGGACCAGAGGGAGGAAACACUACUCUGCUAAGUGAACCAAAACCUCCUCCAUGCCGAGAUCUUGAUGCCUGCUAAAGUUGGGUAAACGCAUCUCUAAUAAUGCAAAGCUUGGAAGUUGUCAGGCUUGUUUAGGUUAUAUGCUCUUUGAAUUUGUUCAGUUCAACCAUUGUUCAACUUUAUACUGCUACUAUCUUAUUUCAAGUUAUGAGAUGUCUCAUUCAUUGUGAACCCUAUUAUUGGGAUGGCCAUUGUCCCUGUUGUCUUGUUGCCAUAAAAAAUCCAUGUGCUUUUGCAACAAUGAGAAGAGAAGGAAUUUUCCCA